AAGAGUCCGGGGACGUUGACUCCGGACUAGCACAGAUGUCGCUGCCCUCCUUUGGUACCCGGCUGUGCUUGCAGCUGGUUCUCACUUGCAACUACUAAGAGAAAUGCCCGGGAGAAGAAAACACAGCGAUCCGGUGCAGAGGCCACCGAAAUCUCUUUAUCGCUCCCACCUGAAGUCCAAAUGCAGCUUAGUUCGCUCUUUGGAGAUUCCUGUCGUUCAGGCGGGGCUCCGCCCCUAAGCAGCCCCCUCCUGCCCCGCCUCUCCCAGCAGGGCGAGGUCCGGAUUGGACAGCACCAGGGUGGGCGUGACCUAUGGUUGUGCUGGGACCGCCGGAGCCCCGCGGUGGGUACUGAGGCCGGGGGAUUCCGGAGUAGCGAUCGGGGGGGUCUCAGGCUGUGGCUUCUGUAGCCCGGUCGUUGAUUUCGAACCUGAGAUCGAAGCCGGAGCCGGCGAGUCGGGGAGGAGCGCAGAGAGGGCGGGAUUUCCGCCGAGAGGGAUCCGGCUGCUCAGGGGGUGGGGCUUCCCCGGCAGGGCUGCGUUUCCCGCGUGCGGGGCCGGGUGCUGUGAGUCCCUGCAGACACCCUCCACGCCCUCCCCCAGGCGGCCAAGGAUGACAACCCUCACUCGCCAAGACCUCAACUUUGGCCAAGUGGUGGCCGACGUGCUCUCCGAGUUCCUGGAGGUGGCAGUGCACCUGAUCCUCUAUGUGCGCGAGGUCUACCCGGUGGGCAUCUUCCAGAAGCGCAAGAAGUACAACGUGCCCGUUCAGCCCUGUGGGGUUGUGUGUGUGCAGAUGUCCUGUCACCCGGAGCUGAACCAGUACAUCCAGGAUACACUUCACUGCGUCAAACCACUCCUGGAGAAGAACGAUGUGGAGAAGGUGGUGGUGGUGAUUUUGGAUAAGGAACACCGCCCCGUGGAGAAGUUCGUCUUUGAGAUCACUCAGCCACCCUUGCUGUCCAUCAAUUCAGACUCCCUCCUGUCUCAUGUGGAGCAGCUGCUUCGAGCCUUCAUCCUUAAGAUUAGUGUGUGCGACGCUGUCCUGGAUCACAACCCUCCAGGCUGCACAUUCACAGUCCUUGUGCAUACAAGAGAAGCUGCCACUCGGAACAUGGAGAAGAUACAGGUCAUCAAGGACUUCCCGUGGAUCCUGGCAGACGAGCAGGAUGUCCACAUGCACGACCCCCGGUUGAUACCCCUAAAAACCAUGACGUCGGACAUCUUAAAGAUGCAGCUCUACGUUGAAGAACGAGCUCAUAAAAACAGCUGAGUGCAGGCCAGCCACCCGGCAGGCGCCCAGCCGUCCCCCGCUCGGGGCCCCAGCCUCCAAGUGCUCUUACUGCCUUGACAUGUGGCUGCCCCCUCUGGCCAGGCUGCUCAGCCCUGCUUGCCUUCGUGAGACAGCCUUCCCCAGAGCCUCGGGAAGGAUGCCAGGACAGACGCCACUUCUCAGAGCCUCCUGGGCUCGGCUGGCCAACACCGUCCAUCUGCAAGACUGUGCCGUGUUAUUGUGUUAAUAAAGUGGCCCCAAGGGCUGACCGUAUUGUCAUUAA